GCCUCUCCAGGAGAGGCAGCCCACUCUGCUGGACCUGGACUGGUGAAGGCGACUCGCUUCCCCCACAGAGUGCAGCAUCCGCAACAUCCCCUCGCUCUAGUCGCCGCCCACAAGUCUCUCGGUCUCGCCAGAAGGAGGAAACGCCUCGGCCGCCAAACCAAGACGCGCUAUUGGCUUGUGCCCCAGCAUUCCGGACAGUGACCAGGAACGAAGGGCACCACUGGCACUAGUGGCAUACUACGAGAACUAUACUGGCGUUUUCCGCCGGAUGCAAUCGCCGGCUGACUACUUACCCAGGGAGCUGCGACGGACCAAAUGGCCCUGUCCCUGACGUCCUUUUGCCGAGGGGGAGCCUUUCGCAGCCAUUGGCCUGCACCGCCGUCAAAGGCCCCAUUCGGAACCGUCUUGGCCGGGGCUGGGGAUAGCGAAGCGGGCUCUCUCGAGCGCCGUCCGCAGCCUUGUCGCGUCGCACUGCUACCCCCCUCUGGUUCUCCCUCGUCCUUGCUCUCUCUGGCACCCGGACAUGUCGUGUCGAUCGGGCCCGGGAUGGGCGACCAACAAGCACAAGCACGACGUGACACCACGACGCACACCCCCUAGUCACCAUGAUAAUUAAUCGGCGAUCUCGGGGACCCACCUUCGGGGACCAUCGACUUAGUGGGAGCGCACCGCAGCGAGCGUUGCUUGCUUGGGGAUUCACUGGACUUUCACAACGCUCGCGGCUCCCACUGGCUCGCGCCCAGUGGGUGGUGGGGGGAUCUGCGCCCAGCUCGCAUGCCUCUGGACACCCCCCUUGGCUCGGGGACCGGUUCUGGCGAUUUCAAGCGAAAAUCCCCAGCGGCUUUUCAGCUGAGGCGGGCCUGGACCCCAUGUCUCCUUAUCCGGACGGCUGCAACCUCAUUUGGGCGCGCCCUGCGUGCCUGCUUGCCCUCUCAUCCCAACUGGCUCCCACAGACACCCUCCCUGCAGGCGUGGACGGCAUGCGAUGGCGAUCAAUCAGUGGGCAAGCUGAAGAUCCUCAAACCCACAAAAUCCUGGCCUUGGCACUGGCGCUGCGAGGCAUGCUGUUCGAUGCUGCUGCUCGAUGUUACCUUGGGGUGAUUUGUGCCAAGACCGGCUCCUCAUCACACGCGGAAUGAAGACAUGACGGUCAUCGGCCUGUCCCCUCGGCCAAGGCUACGGUCCUGAAACCACGACCCCUUCAUCAAGAUGCGGAAUCCAAAAGUCUAAUUGUCCGUGUGCGCAAUUUUGACAAUAUCCAUGCUGAGUGUUCCCAUGCCCGCCCUGACCCGAACCUGGCAGCUCUCG